AAUUUUGCCAAACACAUUAUUUAUCUCGAAUGAAACCAAAUUCGAACAUGUUAUCUCUGUGAUUAGAUUUCCCGUUCCCGCGGGUGUUACGAAAUGGUGUGCUCAGUCUCCCUUUCCCGCGUUCUUCUAGAGAAUCCCAGCUGGUAAAACACAUUACAAAGGAGCUGUUUUAUCAGAGAUGUUGGCUCUAAUAGAAGCUGUGGCAAUGAAGAAGAACGUGGUUCUAGGUAAAUUAGAUAUUAGAAUAACUGCACAAGUGAAAAACAACGCCUGGGAGAGUGUGACUAAGGAGGUCGUAGGAAGAUCACAGACCGAAGAGCAGCUUCAAGAAAAAGGCAACACCAGAGGAAAAACACAUGGGAGGAACAGAAGACCGCAAUGCUCAGGAUGGAUUUUGUGCAACAGUCCAACAAGCAGAGCCCUUUCAAGAACAGAGCAGAUCAAGAUUUCAACAAUUGCUGGUGUUAUGAAAAAUAAGGCAUAAGUUCCUAUCUUUAUCAAAUGUUAUAAUACUUUAGUUUUUUUCCUAUACAAUACUCGUCUUAAUCUACUCAGUUAUAGUACACAGUUGACAUUAAUUUGUGAUAGGCAUUUGUAUAUAUAUAACAAAGUCAUAAUAUUAAGUUGUACCUUGAGAGAUUGUUAUUAUACAAAACAAGUCUAUUCUAGAGUUACUUUAUUAUUUUUGUAUUGUAGAUUAAUGCAAAAAUUCAGUUAGGAAGAAUCAUACUUUUAUAGAAAGAAUUCUUUUUUUUUUUUCUUUCUUUUUUGAAAAAAAAGGAUUUUUUUUUCAUUUUAAAAUUCUGACAGGUGCAGUGGUUGGUUUCUGCAUACUUUAUAUAUUUUCCCUUUAGUUCAAGGAAGUAACAAAUGUUUGUUGUUUAGACAUGGCAAUGAUAAUGUUAACUAUAAUAAUUCUGGUGCUGUCAAUUAAGAUUAAUUUUAUUUGUUGAUAUUGAAACAGAGCUAUACUUAAAGUUUAUUUUUUUUUUUUCUGGUUUUCAUGUUGUAGAGUAAGGCAGAAAGCAAAUAUAUAUUUCUAUUCUAAUAUUCAUGAUCAACAUAGUAAUUAAUGUUUGAGGAACAGCUUUACUCUUAUUUUCUAAAUGUUAUAUUUCUUUAUUUGUAUAUUUGUAUUGCUGUGAUAUAUAUUACUUGUUUCCAAAAAAAUUUGUUUACAGUACUUAUUCAAUCAUCCGACCCUCGUUUAUCCGUACUUCGAUUAUCCGGUCCGUUAAAAAAAUGUGAAAAACCUUUAUGAAUUAUUUUGGGCAUUUUUGAUAAUAUUAUGGGUGCAUUUUUCUUGCUUUUUUUUUUUAAAGAUAAUUUUGUUCUUGCCAACAUUGGCACACCCUUUGGCCCCUUGCUCAUUUUAGCAUAAUUUGCAAAGAAACUAAAAAUUACA